UAACAAUAGAAAUAAAAGGCAGGAUAAGCUAAAAUAAUUAUAUAUACAAAUUAGUUCCUAUACAAGAUGCCAACAUUGUACUGUUUCUAUCAUCCGUCCUAAAAUCCAAGCGAAGCGGUGGUCCUCCUUGUAUCCUAACCUGAAUUUCACUACUUCCGAAUCCAAAAAAGACCUUCCACCUCUGAUUAUUUACUCAUGUGGAAUCAAUACGAACCGCUAAGCUGCCUCCACUAAAAAUAUGUAAUUUUUUAAAAUAAAAUCUUGUUAUUGAAUUAAUUGAAUUUAUUUUGAAUAAAAUAAAAUUAUAACAUUUUUAUCAUUCAAUGUUUCUUACAUAUUUUUAUGAGGUUCUCCUUCCCUUACUAUUUAACCACUGGUUUUUACAUAACAUUGGAUAUGAAUAAACCAGUGUUUGAGAAUUCUUUAUUCUUACCCCUAUACCUUUUACAGAAAAGUGAUUUAUAUAUAAUAAUACAAGUUUAUUUUGAUGCAAAACCAUUGAUUUAAAUCCGUCACGUAUACAACGCGAUAGUGUUUAUAGUUGAACAAAGUGAACUGUAAUAGACAAAAUGUGUUAAGACAAAAGUGAUAAAAUGAUCGUAAAACGAACUCAGUGCAAUACAGAACUGUUUUGUGUAAAAAUUGUUUUAAGUAAAACGAUAUGGGAUGAGUCAUUGUGAAAGAUGUUAUAUUCAACAUAUUAUCCAGGCCAAAGAUGAUGCACGAAAUUCAAGACAAUGCUGGGUCAGGUACAAACGACGCGAUGGAGGAAAACGAGGCCGGCGGGAGUGGGGGUGCCGAGGUCGAUAUGGACGACAUCGGCUCUCUUACACUACCACCCGAUCUACCUCCCUAUUCAGGAGAUUAUAUUAUCAGUGAUUACAUGGAACGUCUUGGAACACGUCUUAAUAUCUUAGAAACCGAAUUAAAGUACGCUUGGCGGGCUCUGGAUCUAUUAAGUCAAGAAUACGUAAGAAUGUGGGAUAGGUUGGAAAGAUUAGAAACUCUGCUCGCAGAUCAACAGGGUGUGAUUACAACUCUACUCGAUUUUUAUGCCUGUCGCACGGUAACUUCGAGGGAUCCUUUGUCAAGGUUAGAGGUAAUCAGAGAAAUAUUGGGUAAUGGUACGGUUGAAGAUGGCAUUGAGGAAGGCCUUGACGUAGGUCGAACAGCAGCUUUGUUAGAUUCGCAAGAUGAGGUAAUGGAAUCUAAUGAAGCUUUUUAUAGAAGUUUAAAUCAGGCUUAUAGAGAUGAUUUAGUGUGUGAUGAAAAUUCUAGACCACCAUCCCAAUUAGAUAUGAUUUGGGAAGCACCAGAAGAAGCAGACAUAGAAGUCAUGCCAACAACAUCUAGGCAAAUAUAUAGUGGAAGUGAUUAUAAAAACUAUUGUGGAUUACAAGGAGACGGAGGUUUGAGUGAAAGAGAUAUGGUGCAUAUUUCUACCUUAAGUACAAUAGAUCAAAUUACCGUAGAUAAGUUACAUGAAUUAGAUAGGUUGACAACCCAAUUACACAAGGAUUCGAGAGAGUUAAAAGACUUGAAAACUAGACUUCUUAGUCCGGAAAUUAAAUUAUCAACAAAACGAGACAGAGAAAUAGAAGCUAAAGCACUAGUAGAAGAUGGCAAUAUAAUAAAUGAGCAACUUAAGAACGUAUAUACCGGUGAUGAAAAUUGGGGUAUUAAUGAUAUGAUGAAAAGUUUUGAUGAUUUCCUUUUAACAAUGCCGAAAGAAAAUAUUAGAGACAAAUCACCAUCAAGAUUAUCGCUUUCAGACCAAAUGGUGGGUGGUGAUAGAGCGCUAGAUUUCGUUCCAUCAGCGCUGUCUCCUCGAAGAAAAUUUGUUCCAGAAAGGACAACAACUGAACCAUACACAACAGUAACAGGGCGUUUAGCCUAUAGUUCGGCAGUAGCUAAUGCAGAAAUUGCAGCAAAAUCUUCAAAAUCUCCUAGUGCAUUAUCAAGAGAAAGAUUUGAAUACAGUUCGACGUAUCAAGUAGAAGAACCAACAAGACAGCAUUAUUAUUCUACAAAGAAUGUUUCUCAAGCUUUGAACGAAUUAUACAAAUCUACCUCAGAACAACAUUCUCCAUUGUCUGUUCAUGAAAUUUACGACGAACCUUCAAAUGAAAGACUGGAAAUUAAUUACGAAGGUAAAUUACGAAAAUCUCCAAGUCCACCACCACCCGCUCCACCAAAUGGAGCAGAAUUAUUUUCAUCCAUAGAAAAUAAUACCGAGUUAUUAUCUUCUCAUCAAGCCAUGCUUUCAACGAGCGUUGCAGUAGAUAGCAUGCGAUUAAGUCCUCGAUCACCAAAAUCACCUAAAACCUCUCCAAAACACUUAAAAAGAGAUAGUGCUAAUAUUGUCACAGCAAAAUCCGACUCAGGGCUCUCUUCCAUGAGUGGUUGGUCGAGUUUAGAAAAAAGUCCCGGAUCACCUAAAACAGGAAGAGUCGUUCAUGUGUCCCACGAUAGUUAUAAAUUGAAAAACCAGUCACCUCAGUCUAUUCAAAGGGUUCCUUAUGAAAUCGAUUCAAAGCCGUACUUAGAGACUUUGGUUGACUCAUACCAAUUCGAAAAUAAAACACAUAAAAGGGAUUAUAACCAAGUUAGAAAAAGUGAUGUUUCAAGAGAUCCCUCCAUGGAUAUAAAUAGAAUUCCAGAAAAGGAGGAUUCUAUUUAUUUAAAAAGCGAUAUACCGUAUUCAAUAUUAAAUCAAAACUCUUUAGGUAAUAUAGAUUUUUAUUAUCAAAAUGAAGCACCAUCUAUUUAUUCUGUUGCUGGUAAUAGACAACCAAUUUUUACAACUGUUUAUAGUUCUCCCAGAGGAAUACUUUCUGAAGAAAGAAAUUUUUCCGAAAUAUUAGAUAGAAAUGAAAUUACGGAAACGGUUCCUAAACAAGCACUUGAUUCGUAUCCACCAGAGCCCAGUUAUCAUGCUCAAACGGUAGUUAUGUCCGCAGGUAAUAUAAAUAAGAAAGUAAUUACUAGAGCAAACACUAUUGGAGCUAAUGAUGUUCAAAUACACCAAAAUGGGUAUAAAGUAACAAACAAUCGCUCAGGAUAUCCAUCAGGAAAUUUAACUGAUGCACUUUCAUAUUAUCCGACAUCUACUAGAUAUGAUUCUCCUAAGCGAUCUUCCCUAGAAGACAGAAUCGCAUGGCAAAGUAGUAGAUCACCGACCAGCUCAACAGAAACAUCUAGUUUAAAAUCGCAAUCUCUUAAUAUUGCGGAGAGAAAACAAUUUCAAAAUCAAUUACAACAAGAAUACUUUAAGCAACAGCAAUAUGACCAAAGAAACGGAAAUGCUAUGAAUGAUAAUAAAGGGUAUGAAAAGCAAACUUUAGAAAAUAACAUAAAGCGAAAAGAACAAUUAGUUGAACCUUCAGGAAUUUUAGUAUCUGAAUCUGGGUAUUUAUCUAUUUCUUGUAACCUAAAAGCCAAAGAAAAAGAAAAACAAGGAAAGAAACCUAAGCGGACAUCUUCUUUGAAAUCUGCCAUGUCAUCUAUGACUCAUUGGCUUCCUGAUUUACAUUUACCAAAAAAACAUAGGUCUCAUUCUUUACCAUCUGGUGUAGAUACAGUAGAGCAAUCACAACAAGAAAAAUCUCUAAAGGAAAGGUUAUUAUCAGCCCAAAGACGAAAAAAGAAGUACCACUUAGUGGCAUCAAUGUCUGGAUUAUUACAAAAAGCUCGUCGGAAGCAACAAGCCAGUCAUCAGUCAUUAUCAGAUCCUGAAACAUCUGAAACUGAAUGGUCAGGAGGACGAUCAAGUGCCCAAUCGGAAGAUAGUGACAGUGUUUUUUCCGACUCGACACAUGAAGGAAGUAUGUUUCCAAAAGUGGCACCGAAGAUAAAGCAAAGAAAAAUAAACAAUCAAGAAAUUGUGGAGCAACAGCAAAUGCUUCAAGAGCUACAACAACAAGGAAUGGAAUUUCAACAAGACGAUAGCGAGAACCUUAUGGAAGAAAAAGAAAAAUUUGCAAAUAAUGUUAUGCCGCGAGAUAAAAGUGAUGAUAUUGAGUUUCAUUUUGCUCGCGUAAGUCAAUUGCAAAAAGAGCAUAUAACUGAAUUGGAAAAGUUAGAUAUUGAUACUGAUAUUUCAAAUAUAGAUCCAUUUGAAGAAGAUUCAAAAGAAGGUAACCGAUCACCCGCUUCACUAUUCGCAACUGUCGGAGAUGUUAAAAAAGCAGCUAGUAUAUUAGAUGAUGGAUCAAAUGAAAACAAUUCAUCGUACAAUGGAAGCUCACAAGAAUUCGCUGUUUCUAGGGCUUUGGGCAAAUAUCGGCUGCGUAAAUCUUCAUCUGUAUCCGAUGACCAAAUGUCUGAUACAUCACCGCCCAAACUGGAAAGUAAUAUACCCGAAGAAACCACAACUGAAAUUACGAAAGUUAAAAGUAGAAGACCGUCCAAAGCAAGUCCACCGGAAAUUAUAAGCAGUUCAGUACCAGAGGAUACUGCAACAAUUUCGGAACGGAGUCCUUCUAUACAAAGCGUACGUGGUUUACCUAUGAAAUUCCAGCCAAGACAUCAACAAAGUUUAGAGAUACCCAACAAACAUGAUGAUGAUGAUAGCAAAAGUACACACUCGUGGAGAAGUGGUUCAAGGGUGUCAUCCAGGCGCCAAAGUACGGAAGAUAGUAUUGAUUCAGAAGACGAAUGGUAUUGUUAUGAAUUAAGAAAACUGGAAGAAAUGGAGCAGCAGUCUCAAAUUGAACAAGAACGGGAGAAAACACUCGCAGAAGAGCCUGAAUUUGAUGACGAAAUAGCUACCGAGCCAAAUGAAUUUUUGAAAGAGAAAAUGUCAUAUGUUUUAAGAGAAUUAAAACUUAAAACUGCCUCAAUUAAAGUGAAAUGUGAUGACGCUCCAACUGAAGAAGCUUGGAAAGAUGUAACUACAUUUCCCGUUAUUGAUGAAAAGGCCCAUGAAAGUGCUGCAGAGGUCGAAACUGAUGAUGAUAAAUCUUACGCUGACUCUGGUUCAGGAGAGACUUCUGGACCUGACAGUCCAGUUCAAAGUGGAGAUGAAUUUGAUGAAGAUUAUGACAUGCCAGAAAUUAGCAAGGAACCCGUUCCUACAAAUAAGCAUGCUCCAACCCAGCAAGACGCUCCGGUUGGCAGCAAGUGGAAAUUAUUAAAAGCAUUAAAAGAUCGAAAAGCUGAAGAAAAAACAACCGAAACGCCAGCUGCAACAACUCCGUCUAAUGAAAAGGAUAAAGUCAGUGCUGGUAAUGGCACUGGAGGAUUCAACGAGCAAGGUGGUCGCGGCAAUGGGCAUCCCGGAGAUAAUCCCUUUUAUAGUAACAUCGACAGUAUGCCCGAUAUACGACCGAGAAGAAAAUCAAUACCUCUUGUCUCUGAACUUACUAUGGCAGCUACGAAACGGAAUGCUGGAUUGACGUCUGCAGUUCAUCGUGCUACGUUGAAUGAUGAGGAAUUGAAAAUGCACGUUUACAAGAAGACUUUGCAAGCACUUAUCUAUCCUAUAUCGUCGACAACGCCGCACAACUUUGUCCUAUGGACCGCCACCUCACCCACUUACUGUUAUGAGUGCGAAGGAUUACUCUGGGGUAUAGCCAGGCAAGGAGUUAGGUGCACAGAAUGUGGAGUGAAGUGCCACGAAAAAUGCAAAGAUUUGCUUAACGCUGAUUGUCUACAGAUGUGUUUCGCAGGGGCUGCUGAGAAGUCUUCAAAACAUGGCGCUGAAGAUAAGGCAAACUCAAUUAUAACAGCAAUGAAGGAACGUAUGAAGCAUCGCGAACGUGACAAACCAGAAAUAUUCGAACUGAUCAGACGCGUGUUCAGCAUUGAAUCCGAGGGACAUUCCGCACAUAUGAGCACCGUGAAGCAGUCCGUCCUGGAUGGAACUUCGAAAUGGAGUGCGAAGAUCGCCAUCACAGUUAUCUGCGCACAAGGCUUGAUAGCCAAGGAUAAAAGUGGCACCUCUGAUCCGUACGUAACCGUCCAAGUAAGCAAAGUCAAGAAAAGAACUAGAACCAUGCCGCAAGAGCUUAACCCUGUGUGGAAUGAAAAGUUCUACUUCGAAUGUCACAAUUCCUCCGAUCGGAUAAAAGUCCGAGUUUGGGAUGAGGACAAUGACCUUAAGUCCAAACUACGCCAGAAGUUGACAAGAGAGUCCGACGACUUUUUGGGCCAAACUAUAAUUGAGGUUCGGACAUUGUCAGGUGAAAUGGAUGUCUGGUACAAUCUGGAAAAGAGAACUGACAAGUCUGCUGUGUCAGGAGCCAUUAGGCUGCAUAUAAAUGUAGAAAUAAAGGGAGAGGAGAAGGUGGCACCUUAUCAUGUUCAGUAUACUUGUCUCCACGAGAACCUGUUCCACUAUCUGUGUGAAGAAAACGGUGGUGCUGUGACUUUACCAGCUGCAAGAGGCGAUGAUGCCUGGAAGAUAUACUUCAACGAAAUACCCGAGGAAAUUGUGGACGAGUUUGCUAUGAGAUAUGGUAUUGAGGCGAUCUAUCAAGCCAUGACUCAUUUCCACUGUCUGUCUACAAAGUACCUGUGUGCUGGAGUACCGGCCGUAAUGUCAACACUUCUAGCUAAUAUCAACGCAUACUACGCUCACACUACGGCUUCGUCUGCGGUCUCCGCAUCAGAUAGAUUCGCCGCUUCUAACUUCGGGAAAGAAAAGUUUGUCAAGCUCCUGGAUCAGUUGCACAAUUCCCUUCGCAUCGAUCUGUCUAUGUAUAGAAAUAACUUUCCCGCCUCGAGCGCUGAGAAGCUUAUGGAUCUUAAGUCGACUGUGGAUCUACUUACUAGCAUCACGUUCUUUAGGAUGAAGGUUCAAGAGCUCAGCAGUCCGCCUCGCGCCAGUACAGUAGUCAAAGAUUGUGUGAAGGCUUGUCUUAGAUCGACAUAUCAAUUCCUAUUCGAAAACUGUUAUGAGCUUUACAACAGGGAAUUUCAGGUGGAUCCCAACGAAGCUAAACGAGAUCCAUCCGAUCAUGGCCCUCAGUUGGAUUCGGUAGACUUUUGGCAUAAGCUGAUAGCACUCAUCGUGUCAGUCAUAGAGGAGGAUAGGAACAGCUACGCUCCAGUCCUGAACCAAUUCCCUCAAGAACUGAACAUCGGACAGUUGUCAGCAGCGACGAUGUGGUCACUAUUCGCUGUGGACAUGAAAUACGCACUUGAGGAACACGAACAGCAUCGGCUUUGCAAGUCUUCCGCUUAUAUGAAUUUGCAUUUCAAGGUUAAGUGGCUUCAUACUAACUAUGUGAAAGACGUUCCUCCAUACUGUGGCGCAGUGCCAGAGUAUCCAGCCUGGUUUGAACCCUUCGUUAUGCAAUGGCUCAAUGAAAACGAUGAUGUUUCUUUGGAGUAUCUUAACGGUGCUUUCAAUAGAGAUAAACGGGAUGGGUUCCAAAAAUCAAGUGAACACGCUCUGUUCAGUAACUCAGUUGUCGAUGUGUUUACUCAACUAACGCAAUGCUUCGACGUGGUAUCAAAACUUGAAUGUCCCGACCCUGAGAUCUUGAAGCGUUAUAUGAAAAGAUUUGCAAAGACAAUUGUCAAAGUUUUGGUUGCGUAUGCUGAUAUCGUUAAAAAGGAAUUCCCUGAGCAUUUGAAAGAAGAGAGAGUCGCUUGUAUUCUUAUGAACAACAUCCAACAACUGAGAGUUCAACUUGAAAAAAUGUUUGAAGCAAUGGGCGGAACCAAUUUAGAACGUGAUGCAGCCGAUAUCCUCAAUGACUUGCAAGCAAGCCUGAAUAGCACUUUAGAUGAGCUAGCUUCAAUGUUUGCUAACAGUUUGGAAACUCGCAUUACGGCCAGUGUGAAGGAGCUGGGUGAAUUACUUCAGAAAGUUGGAGGAGGAACAACUGUACCUGGAGCCCCGCCACCACCAGCUCACCACGAAGCGGACGAAGUGCUGCGACCGUUAAUGGAUAUAUUGGACGGCUCACUUACAAUGUACGCGGAAUCGUGCGAGAAGACAGUGCUCAAGAGACUUCUAAAAGAGCUGUGGAAGAUUGUCAUGAAAAUUCUUGAAAAGACUGUUGUUCUCCCUCCAAUGACUGAUAAAACGAUGAUGUUGAAGAAUCUUACGAACAAUGCGAAGAAUUUAGCUGCGAACGCAAAGAUUGAAGACAUGACUCAACUAUUCAAGAGCACGGUCGGUAAACAGGACGUCAAACACGCACUUUCAGGUGUCAUGGAUAUUUCUAAGGAACAUCUAUCAGCAGAAAAGAGUCUCACACCGAAGCAAUGUGGAGUCUUAGAUGCUGCUCUUGAUACGAUCAAGCUGUACUUCCACGCGGGUGGUAACGGUUUGAAGAAAACUUUCUUGGAGAAAAGUCCUGAGUUGCAAUCUCUGAGAUACGCUCUUAGUCUAUAUACACAGACUACUGAUACUUUGAUUAGGACGUUUGUUACUAGCCAGCAAAAUCAAGACGCGGCGGUCGCUGAAGAAGGCAGUGUUGGAGAGGUAUCGCUCCAAGUAGACCUUUUCACACAUCCAGGCACUGGUGAACACAAAAUCACUGUCAAAGUGGUUGCUGCCAAUGAUCUCAAGUGGGUGAUCGCUAGUGGAAUGUUCCGUCCCUUCAUCGAGGUGAACCUGAUUGGACCACAUCUCGCAGACAAGAAGAGGAAAUUCGCCACCAAAUCUAAAAGCAACAACUGGAGCCCAAAAUUCAAUGAGACUUUCCAUUUCAUGGUGAGUGCGACGGAGCAGUUGGAACUGUUCGAACUUCACGUCUGCGUUCGAGACUACUGCUUCGCGCGAGAGGAUCGGCUGGUCGGAGUCGCUGUCAUGAGACUGGCGGAUAUAGCGGAACAGGGAUCAUGUGCCUGCUGGCUGCCUCUUGGCACACGAGUCAAGAUGGAUGAAACUGGAUGGACGAUACUAAGGAUCUUAUCACAGAGACACAGUGAUGAGGUCGCCAGGGAGUUCGUUAAGCUCAAAUCAGAAAUGAGAGCUGAAGCACCAACCGGUAGCCAAGGACCCUCGUGAAGAAUCUGAAGAUAACACAGAGAGACGCACCUUCAUCCAAUUACAUUAGGAUCUUCCAAUUCUAUUGACGAAUGGAAUAUCUAUGGAUGUUGUCUUGAUAGUCCAUCGUCACCAGCGCUACGGCUACCGGUCAGUGCUCGUUACCAAUCUCAUGUCGAGAUGUCGUUUUGUAAAUAAAUUAACCGUCUUAAGUUUAGCGAUAUUAGAAUAUUUUGCACAAAUUCGUUUCAUCAGCCAAAAGACUGACCGUAGAUUGCCGGGCGCUGUCGUCGAUUUUAGGCAUUCAGCAAAAUAAAAAAAAGCAUUCUUUGUUAUUCUAUGGAAAUAGAACAGCACAAAAUACGUGACGGAAUUACUUUCUGAUGUUUAUUGUGGAUGAUUGUGUGUUGUAUAUAUUGAUGUUAUGUGAACUCUUGACUCGUGGGAUCCGUUCCAUGGGAGUCCAUUUUGCUGGAUACCUAACGUGUGCAAGGGAUCGUCACACGAUUUAUGUAUUAAUAAUAUGGACCAAACUGUCGUUAUGGACGCACUACCUAACCCUUAACCACUAAUAUUAAAACAUUUAUAAACAUAAUCAUCUUUAAUAUUUGUACAGUAAGUAAUACAUGGCCUUAUGUAAAUUAUUUCCUUUGUUACAUGACAUGCUUCCGGUGAGUUUGUUGAAGUAUCGUGAUGAGUGUUGGUAAAAUCUGAUCUAGUGUUAGUCAUGCCUUAAUGUUUAGGGUUUUCUUAAAUUGUAUCGACUUAGUAUGAUUUACUUGUGGAAGUUUCCCAUCUUUUAUAUGAUCUUUAUCCAGUUUUGAUUCAUCUUAAAGUGUGAUCUAUUGUAUAUAAUCGUUAGUAUCGAACGUAACACCACAUCUGUUAAUUUCAAUGCUUAAAAUAUUUAAACGUAUUAUAUGAAUCCUGUCUUUGUGAACGUUAUUGAAAAUUGUGAUAUUGUUAAUAAUACAUCAUAACAGAUAUUUAUGGACUUGCUUUUAAAGGGUUCGAGUAAACUGUUAAUGUUGCUUCUAAUUGGUUCUUUGUAAGGGCCCCUUUCACUUUCUAUAUUAUAAUAAUGUUUGUGAAAUCCUUUUUAAUAUACCUAAUGUUAGACAUUCAGUGCUCAAAUAAUUUUUGUUCAGUUUUAAUUAGUAUCGUGUUUUUAAUGUAACUGUUUGCUUUUUCAAAAUAAAUAAUACAAUAAUAUCCCAUCCAAAUAUAACGACUAUACAUGGUGUUUAAUUGUUUAUAUUUUUAAUAUCACUUCAAUCAAAUAUUUCUUAUGGUUCAAAAAAAAAAAGAAUUGCCUCAGUAUUUGAAUUUGAAAACUUUCAAAUAUUUUUGAUUGUUGCAGUUAUAUUAAAACUUUAAACCAAAUCUAAGAGACCAGAUUAUUUUGACCUCCCAAAGCAAAGUGAUCUUUAAAAAUAUAUACAUAUAUACAUCAUAACACACAAACGCGAGCAUUAGAUAUUAUAUAUAUUAAUAUUUAUCAUGGAUAACAUAUCUGUAGAUAGAAUGUGGUUUGUCUAGUCCAAAUCUCUAUAUAUUUAAAAUAUAUUUACUCGUCUUUAAACUAUUGAAUUGAAAAAAAAUAAUAAUAUCGAGUGAUUUAUGUGAUUUUGAAUCCGCUGAAUCCGUUUCUAGAAUUUAUUGUUUUAUGUUUCAAAGCACACAAUAUAUAACAGAUAUUAUAUAUAGUUUAUUUAAAUAUAAAAAUUAUAACAUUUACGUGUGCUCUAUAUUAGAUUAGGUGAAUUGUUUUAGAAAAAUGUACCUAAUGAUUGGUUAGAUUUGAUGUCAUUAUAAUAUAUCCUCUCUUAUUCAAUAUUUAUAAUCAGAUAUUUAUUUAAAGUGACUUAAAUGUAAUAUAUCAUUGAGACAAUACAAAACUUGAUGAUCACUUUAAUUAAAUAUCACAUUGAUAAUAGAUUUUUAAAAAAGUUUUGCAUGAUAAAUCACUUUCGUAACAUAACGUCCAUCUUAUAUAUCGCAGGGAUCUAUUUAAUUUACUAAAUUCAACUACAUAUAAAGCGUCAAAGCUAGUAUUAAAGAAAAGCGCACAGCAUUAAUUCAUCAAUAAUAUAUAAUAUAGUAAUCACUCCUUUACCAUGACAAUACUUGGUAAACUUAUUCUUAAGUGAAAUGUGAUGGACACGAUCAUUACGCUCCGAUUAUAAUAUUAAUAUCACUAACAUUGCAUAUGUCUUUGUAUAAAUGCAUAUAUGUAAAUGUUACAUGUUUAAACACAUUAUUGAAUUUAGAAUUUUUAUGAAAAAAAAAAUAAAUAAAUAUCCGUAUUUCAAAUAUAA